GGCGGGAAGCGAGGAGGCGGGCGGGCGGGCCAGCGACAAGCGCGGAGAGAAAAGGCGCGAGCGGCCGAGAGGGCACGGGCCGGACACCUAGCUGCUGCCACCGCCGCCGCCGCCGCCAAGCCGCCCCUUGGAGGAGUUGCAGAGGUAAAGACCGCAGAGAUCCCUUCAGGAUCAACCACAGAAUCUUCAUUUCCUGGCCUGGUAACAGUCAAAAAAACCAGCUAAGCUAAUGUGCCCUGAUGAAUGGAUGCCAAGGUUGCCUAAAGCCGUGUUGCUGUCUUCGAAGCAUGUGGGGCCCUCUCUAGGGUGUGCUUACUGAUUCACCUCCAGGGCCACCGCCAUGUCAAGCCGGGGUGGGAAGAAGAAGUCCACCAAAACCUCCCGGUCCGCCAAGGCGGGAGUCAUCUUCCCCGUGGGGCGGAUGCUGCGCUACAUCAAGAAAGGCCACCCCAAGUACAGGAUUGGAGUGGGGGCACCCGUGUACAUGGCCGCCGUCCUGGAGUACCUGACAGCUGAGAUUCUGGAACUGGCGGGCAAUGCAGCAAGAGACAACAAGAAGGGACGGGUCACGCCCCGACACAUCCUGCUGGCUGUGGCCAACGACGAGGAGCUGAAUCAGCUGCUAAAAGGAGUCACCAUAGCCAGCGGGGGGGUGUUACCAAACAUCCACCCGGAGCUGCUAGCAAAGAAACGAGGAUCCAAAGGGAAGUUGGAAGCCAUCAUCACGCCACCCCCAGCCAAAAAGGCCAAGUCUCCAUCCCAGAAGAAGCCCGUGUCUAAGAAAGCAGGAGGCAAGAAAGGGGCCCGGAAAUCCAAGAAGAAGCAGGGGGAAGUCAGCAAGGCCGCCAGCGCCGACAGCACCACCGAGGGGACGCCGGCCGACGGCUUCACGGUCCUCUCCACCAAGAGCCUCUUCCUCGGCCAGAAGCUGAACCUUAUUCACAGUGAAAUCAGUAAUUUAGCCGGCUUUGAGGUGGAGGCCAUAAUCAAUCCUACCAAUGCUGACAUUGACCUUAAAGAUGACCUAGGAAACACGCUGGAGAAGAAAGGUGGCAAGGAGUUUGUGGAAGCUGUUCUGGAGCUCCGAAAAAAGAACGGGCCCUUGGAAGUCGCUGGAGCUGCUGUCAGCGCGGGCCACGGCCUGCCUGCCAAGUUUGUGAUCCACUGUAACAGUCCGGUCUGGGGUGCAGACAAGUGUGAGGAACUUCUGGAAAAGACGGUGAAGAACUGCUUGGCCCUGGCCGACGAUAAGAAGCUCAAGUCCAUCGCGUUCCCAUCCAUUGGCAGUGGCAGGAAUGGUUUUCCAAAACAGACGGCAGCUCAGCUGAUCCUGAAGGCCAUCUCCAGUUACUUCGUGUCAACAAUGUCCUCUUCCAUCAAAACGGUGUAUUUUGUGCUUUUUGACAGCGAGAGUAUAGGCAUCUAUGUACAGGAAAUGGCCAAGCUGGACGCCAACUAGGCUGAGGAACUACAGAGCCAGCCUGCACCGUGCCCCCGCCUCCAAUUUGAAAGAAAGAAAGAAAAAUCCCCUUCACUCCUGUUGGGAGGCGGGACCCUUUCAUUUCCAAUUUUGCUCAUCUAGGGAAAAUAAGGUUUUGGUUUCCAGUUUAAUUGUUUUUGACCUUCUAAAAUGUUUUUACGUUAGCACUGAUAGUUGGCAUUACUAUUGUUAAGCACUGUGUUCCAGACCGUGUCUGACUUUAGUGUAACCUAGGAGAUUUUAUAGUUUUAUUUUAAUGAAAUCCUGCUUGACGCAGAACAGCGGGGAGAGCAGUGUCUUCUAUGUGUGGCCGAAUCCAGGAAGCCUGUUUUGUAACCGUGUGUCGUGGUGCUUUAUUGUACACUCAGUGGCGUUCUUUUUACUAUAAUGUUCCUUUUUUUUUUUCCCCUCAAGAAGAAAAAUCAUGAAUUUGCAGCAGACUUAAUUUUUGUUUACUUUUUGUCUUAAUGAUGGAUUUGAAAAUGAAAGAUUUAAAAGGCAGAACAGAAUCUUUUGUCCUUAAUUAUAUUUGCAAUUUGGAAUUUGUGUGAAUUGAUUUAGUAAAAUGUUAAACUGCU